AUGAUAAUUUUCUGUUGCUUACUUGCCUUUGCUCUAUCUGAUUCUGAUCAGAAUUCUCUAAACUUAGCAUUCCGCCAAGAUAAAGCCCAAGAAAUUUUUGAUAUAAUUGUUCACUUCAGUGAAGGCUAUUUUAAGAAUUAUGAUCUUGGAAACUAUUCAAUCCCUAUUAGUUAUUCUGGCUUCAAAGGUUCUGUGGCAUUAACAAACAUAACAAUUGCAGAUUUAUCAUUGGAUUUAGAUAAAUCUGGCAUUACUUUUGGCACUCCAAACCAGAUUAAAACAAUUUUUGAAAAUAUAAAUCUUUUGCUUUCUUUCAAAUAUCAUCUCAAAGUUUCAUUUAUUGAUAAAUCUGGAUCAGGAUCACUUGAUGUAUAUGAUACUUCAUUAAAUACUGAUAUCUCAAUUUAUAAAAAAGGUGUGCCUGGAAUACCAGCUAUAUUAUUAGAUUUCUUUAAACUUUCUAUAGGGAGUGUUAAGCUGAAAACAGAUUUAAGUAAUGUCUUGAAUAAUCUUAUACAAAAAGCUAUUGAAGAGGAAAUCCCAUUAAUAGAAAAGCAAACUUAUGAACUAGCUCAAAAUUAUACAACUUUAGCAAAUGAGGAAUUAGCUAAAAUUUCAUAUGAGUAUUCUUUUGAGAAUUAUGGAGUUUCGAUAGAUUAUUAUUUAGCCAAAAAUACAUCUGUUCUGGAUAAUUAUUUUUGUACAGCUUUGACUGGAAAGGUAUUUAAUGAAUCAACAGGGGAGCCAUUUAUACCAUUUUUCCCAAGCGAAUUGCCUGAUGUAUCAGAUGUCCAGCUUCCUUAUCAGCUAUUUUUAUCAGAUUAUUUGAUAAGCUCAUUAAUCAUUGGUUUUUGGCCUUCUUGAAAUUAUUCUUUAAAUACACUUCCUCCGAGUUUUCCUAUAAAGCUUACAACUGAUGGCUUAGCAUUUUUAAUCCCUAAUUUUAAAGAAACCUAUGGUAAAGGAAAAUCUGUUCACAUUUCAUUUGCUCCUGCAACCUCUUCGAGUAAACAAGAUUUUUCACUUUUCCCAAGCUAUUUUACGGAUAAAAAUAUCAAUUUUAAUGCAACAGUUCAAGUAGAUUUUCUAGUUGAAGAUAUAAAAAAUCAAUGAGUCGAUGCCUUAAUUAUGAAUUUGCCUUUAUUUACAGUUUUCCAAUCCUGGGUAAAAAAUGAUGAGGCAUCAAUUACUGUUCAAAAUUUUGAUAUAAGAAAUAUUGAAGUAAUAAAUUCAGAGGUUGGAACAAUCGAUAUCAAUAAUCUUGAAAAAGCUCUUUCAACAAUAAUAAAUAUUUAUCUCCCUAUAUUUAACAAUGAUUAUUCAGAUUUUAAUAUCACAUUUCCAGAAUUCAAGUAUUUCAAAAUUUCUCAGGACUUUUUUGCAGUUCAUCAAGGGUAUUUAGAAGCAGAUGCAGAUCUUGAAAUUAAUCUUUAA